CAAUAAUUUUAGCCUUAAGCUGCACCUGACAGGUAUAUAAUGAAGCGUACGUUUCAUUGUAAUUCAGUCUUGUCUAGUUCUGCUUCACUUCUACAGUACAGCGACUAGCCAUCUCAAGUCUGCUGUGUGCCAAGUUCAUUCAAGCUUGAAUUAUGGUUCGAUGCAGUUUCGUGUUACUGGUGGCUGUGGCCGCGAUGAUGGCUGUUCCGGGGCAUUCUGUGCCGAUGGGUUCGUCAAUUGGUGGUUACGGUUCGUACUCGGCUCCUACGACUACCACUAAGGAGUACUACACAACGAAGGCGGCCGAAUACUACACCACUAAGAAGGCUGAGUAUUAUACGACAACGUAUGCAGUCCCAUCUUACACGACAAAGGCUCCAGAGUACUACACAACCAAGGCCCCCGAGUACUACACCACGGCUUCGUACUACACAACCAAGGCCUCCGAGUACUACACCACAACAUACGCAGCUCCUUAUUAUACAGAGGUACCCAAGUACUACACCACGAAGGCUGCUGAAUACUACACUGAAGCCCCGAAAUACUAUUCAGCUCCAAGCUACACAACCACAGCUGCCUACUACACCACUGAGGCUGCCAAGUAUUACGUUGCCCCAACUUACUACAGCCAGGCUGCACCGUCUUAUUACUCAGAGCCGACUUACUACACCGAAGCUCCGCAAUAUUACGCUGCUCCAAGCUAUUACGAAACCGUGGCGCCUGUCUACUACACCGAAGCACCAAAGUAUUAUUCUGGCCCGAGUUAUUAUACCACAGCUCACCCUUCGUACUACGAACCUGUCUACUACACCGAAGCCCCGAGGUACUACAGCGCUCCCAGCUACUACGAGACUGAGGCUCCUGCCUACUACACAAAGGAAUCCGAAUACUACACCGAAGCGCCCAAGUAUUAUGCUGCUCCAAGCUACACCACGACAGCUGCCUCUUACUACACUACUGAAGCUGCCAAGUAUUACGUAGCCCCGACUUACUACUCACAGGCUGCUCCUUCCUACUAUGCAGAGCCGACUUACUACACUGAGGCUCCUCGAUACUACGCUGCUCCAGAGUACUACACCGAAGCUCAGAAAUACUACUCUCCUCCGUCUUAUUACAGCGAAGCCCCGAAGUACUACGCCACCAAGGCACCUGAGUACUAUACUACCAAGAAGGCCGAGUACUACACCACAACCUAUGCAGCUCCUAGCUAUUACACUGGAGCUCCGAAAUACUACGCUACCAAGGCUCCUGAAUAUUACACCACAGCUUCCUACUACACCACCAAGGCUCCUGAAUACUACACCACCAAGGCACCUGAAUACUACACCACCAAGGCACCUGAAUACUACACCACCAAGGCUCCUGAAUACUACACCACCAAGGCUCCUGAAUACUACACCACCAAGGCUCCUGAAUACUACACCACCAAGGCUCCUGAAUACUACACCACCAAGGCUCCUGAAUACUACACCACCAAGGCUCCUGAAUACUACACCACCAAGGCUCCUGAAUACUACACCACCAAGGCUCCUGAAUACUACACCACCAAGGCUACCGAAUACUACACGUCCAAGAAACCUGAGUACUACACCGAGGCUCCUAAAUAUUCUGCUCCUGUUUAUUAAAUGUUAAUUUUUUAAAAGAGUCGUUAAUUUAUCAGUCGUUUCUUCCAUCAAAUCGUUUUGGGCAAUGAAAUAAAGGGAUUGAUUGAU